AUGGCUCUUCCCCACCCCGAAUGCUGCCCGUCCGUCAGCAGUGAGUUUGAUUUGUGGACCUUACCCCCGACCGACACCAGCGUUCGAGAAGGCCGCUGGGAUGCUUACAGCCCCAUCGCCAGCCUGAGUGAUGUGGGACCUGUAGAAUUUGUCAUCACCAACGCUGACGCAGACACUUACUUGGACUUGGCCAACACCAUGCUGUACGUGAAGGCAAAAAUCCUCAACGGGGACGGGACGGCUGUGGCGGCUGACAAGAAGGUGGCUCCGACUAACCUGUGGAUACAAUCCAUGUGGCGACAGGUCGACGUCUCCCUGAACGAUAAACUCAUCACGCCGUCCACCAACAUGUACCCAUACCGGGCUUACUUGGAGACAUUGUUGUCUUACGGUAAAGAGGCUAAAAAGAGCAAGCUGUCUGCUGCCUUGUGGUAUGCGGACACCCCAGGAAAGUUUGACACGAUGAGUGACACCAACCAGCCGGGUUUGUCGAUCGGCUGA